UCGUCUUCUGUUCUAUAUCCCCUGUGUGCAGUUUCUUGAUCGGCGGUUUAGGAGCAGCUUUGGCGCUGGUUCGACGGAGCGGAGCGGUUUGGCCUGGCCGGGCAUGCGUCGUGUGCAUUUGCAGAUGAGAUGGAAAAGGUGUUUUGGGAUGGGGGGAUGGUUUUCGGUAUGGUGCGGUGCUUCUGGUAGAUGGACGGGCACAUGAAGGAUAAAUGCAUUUCGGUAUUCAAUCCAGCGCUUCCUGUCCAUGCUGAACGUUGUAUUGCGCGAUGCUGGCGGCGUGAGUCCAAGACAGUUGUCGUCUGGAAACCGGCUCGUGCGCGCCGUUAUCUGACAGCUCUUGGCAGGGCGACUGCGCAGGGGGAGGCCACGCGCGUGCAGCCUGUGCGGUGGGUUUUAACGUGCGUUUAACGUUUGGAUGAACCAUGGGUGCCGCCCAACAAGGCCCCCACACACCCGGGCCUGCGCUGGAGGGGAUUCUGCAGCGCUAUCCCGUCCACCAACCAUUUCCACUCAGGCCUACGGAAUUUUCUGCUCCGUCGAUAGAAAGCGGUCGGCUGGCGUCCAUGGUGGGCAUUGCAGCAAGACGACGGAUGCGUCCGCCCGCCGUGCGUUUGUUGGGCAGACAUGGACGACAGCGGCUGCACACACCCCGCUCCUCCAUCGCUCAUCUCGCCCGUGCUUGCUACCCGCCGCUCCCACUCACCUCAUCUCGCGCGUCCUGCUCCUUUCGACCGCGCGCCCGUCCGCUAGCGUGGACCCUACACUGCCAUCUGCAUACGAUGUUGCACUCCACGCUUCCUCGUCACCGCGCACGCCUUUCCUCAGGCUCGUUUUCCGCGCGGCCUCGGCGGCGUGGUCCAGACACCUUGGAAGCUGGGCUGGGCACGUGCAAAGCACCGGGUGCACGCUGCCGGUGCGAGGCAAGGUGCCGGCAGCGGCGUCAGGUACGGGUGGGGUUGUCGCGUGGGGCUGGCUGGCUAUCUGUGACAUGUUUGCGCCCAGCGCAGUACACAGUCUCGGAAUGCUUGUGCUGAGCAGGUUUGCGCCUCCCUGCCUCGACUCGUGCAUGGAGCUGUGGUGUCCCAGCACUUGGACAUGCUCGAAACCUGUCGGUGCAACCGCUUGGCCGGCAACAUGCACAGUAUGUUCGUUGUUCAGACGACGGCCAUUCUCUGUGGACAAGGUACGGCACGCGGCAAGGAACGUGCCAGUGCGAACGCGCGGAGAACAUGGUAGGGCUGGCUACGAGGGCGGCACGGCACGGCACGGCAAUGACAACUUUUCAUAAAAUGUGAACUUCACGUGGCAGUGGCGGAUGCGUUGAUGUUUCUUGUUGUUCUGUUUCAUCAAAUGUAUUAUGUGCAUACCGAUCGUCUAGGCUG